CUUGAUAAAAACCGGGGAAAACAUCUUCUAGUUUUUGUUGGAUGGCUGUUUUGUAGCUCAAGCUAUUUAAUUAACAUGGACUCAUAACCUUGCUUAAUUAUGACGUGCUGUAGAUUUGGUAAUAUUACUAUUUACUUUUUCGUAUUGUUCUUGCUUUCCUGAAUUGAUAAGCCAGAAAGCACUGCGGGCAACAUUGUAAUUAAUUUAUUUACGUUUUACAGUUUACCCACUCACAUCUGCCUCAUCUGCUCUAGCCUUUAAAGAAGAUCUGUCGAAAAAUCGAUUGUCAACCCUCGACCACACCGACCAGACAGCAAGCCAGUCAUCCCUCUGCUCGGCCUCGAUUACUCUGGCCUCGAUAGACUGCUACGUUUUUUUUUUCUUUAAGGAACUGAGUCCAGUUAGUUGUCAACAGGCGAGCAAAACGAGCAGUUGAUACAACUUGGUACGUGGAACUGAUAACACAAACGUUACUGUACGUUACCGUGUUCAGAAAAGCCUCUGGACUCGUUUUGGAAGUUCACUUUUGUUCCGUGUAUCUAGACAAAAAUGAAGUGCCUUGGACACGAAGCCCCCUGAGCACCAUGGACGUGUGAAACUUGACUCUGCAGUAGGCAGAUGCAAGUCCCAAGCUGGAUUGAAUGGCACUGAGGAUACAAGGUGCCAGCGAACGCCACUGUUGCUACAGACAGGUGCUGCUCCCUCACCUAUCCAAGCACUGAAAUAAUGACCAUUACUGAGACGUCAGGAGAAUGUGUCAGCCUGCCAGCCAGCCAGUAACAUUCACAGGCCUGUUUCAGACUACUCAGUGGGAGUACUGCAAUGACUAGCCGACAUCCUAGCCAUGCAGAGAGCGCUCAUUCCACAGAAAAACAGCCACCUGCCGUGUCCCCCAAGCUCCAUGUCCAGCGAUCGGCAUCAAAGGAGACCAUCACCGUCCACUUCUCAGCUCUUGGGAAGGAGGAAGAGGAGGAGGAGGAAGAGCCAUACAGGACAUCUGUCUCCACUACCUCAGCUGCUCAGAAUGACUCAAAUAUUGUGACAGCCUUAGAGGCAAGUGAGGAUAUGUUCGAAGGGGUGCCAUUGGACUCUGUAGCCGAGGCUGCUGUCAUUCCUGAAUCAUCCAGACUUUCUCCAGUUUCUAGACAUCACACUAACAGUUCUCCCACACAAACGUCUUUGCAAGUUGCUGAGCAAAAAGGCUCAACUUCCAAUUUUACAACUAAAUCUUUUAGCUUUCCCUCCAGUGACAAACCCUUUCUCAGCUUGAUGAAGUCUCUCUCCUCUGACACGGAGUCUCGUGAGGGCAUCCCUUCUGUUGCUGCUCCUACAGUAAGGCAUAGGCACCUGAUGAAGACUCUUGUCAAAUCUUUAUCUUCAGAUACAUCCCAGGACUCAUCCUCCUCCUCCACACCCUACCGUCUACCAGAAUCCCUGCAACUCUUCAAGCAAUUCACACAGUCCCGGAUGCCAUCUGCUACCAUGUCUUCAGCUGUUGAUUCUAAAACUGCCCCUUCCUCUCCAUUAACCUCGCCAGAUAACCGCAGCUUCUUCAAAGUCUCAGAAGUCGAGGCAAAAAUUGAAGACACUAAGCGGCGUCUCUCUGAGGUCAUCUCAGAACCGCUCCAGAUGCUGAGUAAGAUCAUUGAUGAAAAGAGUGGCAGCAUUUACCGGCCCAAGGCCCUCUCUGCCAGUGCCACAGAACUCUCCAACAUAAUUGCUAUCAAUGGUCACAUGGAGAGCAACAACAAUUACUGCAUCAAGGAGGAAGAAGGAGGUGACUGGGAGGCUGAGAGCCCCAACAGCAGGGCUUCAGGUCCAGCAGAAUCAUCUGUUCCCCCCUCUGUUGACACUAAGAGCCCCAACAAAUCAUCUUUACUUUCCAUGUCAUUGGACAAAUGCUCUAUGUCAGCUCUUGCUAAACAAGAGGAUGAGGACUAUUGCAUCCUGCACAGUGAGGACUUUGAGACUUGUACUGACACAGAAGGUGAUGGUGGUGAUAGAACUGAUGAUACUGGAACUGGUAGUCAAACUAAAGUGCCACUAAGUGAUAGUACUGAACCAUGCAGUGAAGAUGAAUCCGAAAGUAUUGAGCCGGCACCUAGUGUUCCACACUAUACUCUCAUCAUCCUCACUGUACUGGUGUAUGGUUAUUUUGUAUUACCUCUGCCCAGUUAUGUAGGAGGAAUGCUGCUUGGGAUUGGGCUGGGAUUCCUCUUAGCCAUUGGUGUUGUGUGGCUGACAGGACCAAAACCUUCUGGCAGUAGUUUUAGACAUUCCAGACACCAUGGGAAGUGGAAUCUGACCAAGUUGGACAUUAAGGAACCAGAAAUCUACAAGAGCUGGAUGAAUGAGAUAUCGAACUAUGACCCAGAGACAUACCAUGCCACACUGACACACUCUGUGUAUGUCCGGCUGGAGGGCUCCAUCAUUCGUCUGUCUAAACCCAACCACAACGUCGCCCGCCGUGCCACACACAAUGAACCAAAACCCGAUGUCACCUACAUCAGUCAGAAGAUCUAUGACCUCACCAACAGCAAAGUAUAUCUAGUGCCUCAUAACCUGGCCAGGAAGCGUGUAUGGAACAAAAAAUACCCCAUCUGCAUUGAACUUGGCAAACAGGAUGACUUCAUGUCAAAGGCAGAGGGUGACAGGUGGGAGACCGUUGAGAGCUUCAACACAAGGGACAGAGGAGAGGGGACAGGAGGAGCACAGGAGCGAGGGUGGUCCUCUUCGACCAGUAGAGACCUGACCCUCUAUCUGUUUGGAAGGACUGGGAGGGAGAAGGAGGAGUGGUUCCAGCGGUUUCUAUCAGCUUCCAAACUCAAGGCGGACUUGAAGAAUGCUUCAAGUGUUGCAGGGAGUAAGAGUGCUCUGAGCUCUCACAGUCGCAGCAGCAGCCGCAGCAGUCUGGAUGAGCUACUGGCACCCCAGCCCAGGUCAAAGGACUCCGCAAUCUCUUCAACAACAGCAGGCAGUGCCAAAACCAAACCUUUAUUAGACUACAGUGUAUACAUGGCCUCGAUACUGCCAAAACAGGUGGCAGUCAGCCCUACAGCUGCCAGCCCUGCCCUUCAGAGUCCUCAGAGCAGCCCUGGGGCUGAUAAGAAGCUUCAGAGCACCUCUUCAGCUCAGGUGCAGCCCAGUGGGGAGGAGGAGGAAAAUGUUGCCUGGGUGAAUGCGACUCUUGGCCGGAUCUUCUGGGACUUCCUGAGCGAGCCCUACUGGGCUGAACUGGUCUCCAAGAAGAUUCAGAUGAAGCUCAGCAAGAUACGGUUGCCUUACUUCAUGAAUGAGCUAACCCUAACAGAACUGGACAUGGGCUCGGCCACUCCCAGAGUCCUUGGGGCAUCCAAACCCUCCAUUGACUACCGAGGCCUGUGGUUUGACCUGGAGAUUUCCUACAGUGGUUCCUUUCUGAUGACCCUGGAAACCAAGAUGAACCUCAUUCGCCUGGGCAAAGAGGGAGAGAGCGUUCGCUUAGGGGAAUUUGGCAAAGAUGGAUGCAGGCCACGGACUUACUGCCUGGCUGAUAGUGACGAAGAGUCGUCCAGUGCAGGCUCAUCAGAUGAGGAAGACUCCUCAGAGCUCUCAAAUGACUCUGCUGGAGCAGAGGGUUUGGUUGGAGGCCACAAAUCCAGCAAGAUCAUGCGCUUAGUGGACAAGAUCACCAAAUCCAAAUACUUCCAGAAGGCCACAGAAACAGAGUUCAUCAAAAAGAAGAUGGAGGAAGUGUCCAACACACCCCUUCUGCUCACAGUGGAGGUGCAGGAACUCCAAGGAACGCUGGCUGUCAACAUACCCCCUCCACCCACUGACAGGAUAUGGUAUGGCUUUAGGACACCGCCUCACCUGGAACUGAAGGCACGACCUAAACUGGGAGAAAGAGAAGUCACUCUGGCUCACGUUACUGACUGGAUAGAGAAAAAACUGGACCAGGAAUUCCAGAAAAUCUUUGUAAUGCCAAACAUGGACGACAUAUGGCUGACUAUCAUGCAUUCUGCCAUGGACCCACGUACAGCCGGCGGACCCUUAGUCGGCCCCGCUGUGGACCCAGAGCCUUCCCAGCCAGAGAGGGACAGCGCCACCCAGCCAUGAAGAUUGUUUACAGUAUUUCCUAGAGCUUAUGAAGUCUCAAAAUGGGAAUUGGAGCCAAAGUCGAUAGGUCAGACGCUACUGUAAGAAAAAUACAUUCCCAUAGUGAGUGGGUUUCUCACUUAUCAUAGAAGAGACCACAUGAAUUUUGAAGGAACAAGGUAGAGCCAGCCAAGGAAACACUAAAGACAAACUGUUGCUUGCUGCUCUGUUCAGUAGUAUUUAUCUUGCCAGAGGAAAAGGUGAUUUGUCUUUGAAGGAUUUAUAUUAGUAAGGACCUAUUGAAUAGGGACUGAUAUAUGACGAGAGUCAUGUUUGGCUCAGAAUUGGAGCUGGUUUAAGUUAAUAAGGGGAAUAUAUGGGGAUAUAUUAGUAUAUUAUGUCCUAUGAACACGUUGGUGUGGAAGCAUUCACCAGAUACCUUACAGCCUGCAGAUGAAAAGUUUCUGCUAAGGUUAGAGAGUGAGAUAGAGUAUGGUAGCCCCUUUAUUAUAGAAAUACAGUAAGUGGAGAUUUACAAUAUGAUAGUAUGUUGAAAUUAGCGGUGUUUCAUAGUGAAUGAUUAGUAUGUGAUGGAGAGUUGUCAUUUCCAUUGUAGAGAAUGAAUAAAGUGUCAGCAGGUUAAAAAAGUGUAUUGGAAAAGCUCAGACACUUGAUGUUAGGUUUAUUUACCAUAUGACACAUUGAACCUUUAAAAUGGCUUUAUGUCAGCGGUUUUUGAUCAGGUGUUAACAGUUAACAGUAUUCAUUUGUGCUGUGACCACACCCUGAACACCUACCUUCAUUUGCCAAGACUCCUUUUUUUUGUGUGUCAAUGAUGCCCUUAUCCAUGUCUAUAUGGAAAUAAUGCUCAAGAGCAAACAUACAUUAUCUAGGAAAAGUGUCAUUCACUAUGUAAAUUCCAUACUAAUGACAAAUACGCAAACACAAUAAGUGCAAUGGUAGAAACUCUAUGUAGACUAUAGUAUGAUCUUGUAUAGAUAUUAUAUAAAAGUGUAUGUCUGAUGACAUGAAGUACGAGGCCUCUAACGCGUCUAUUGAAUGUAUGUAUGGAUAGUUUUGGUUCUUAUUGUUAUUGUAUGACAACAGUUUUUACCCAGUCACAUUUUGGCUGUGGUAUUCAAAUUAUUGCACAAAUACAAGUGAACGUUUUCUUUUUGUUUCCUUAUGAUAAACACUAUCUCGUCUUGCAUAUCUUUCUCCAGAUGUGUCAUUCAAUUGUUAUGUUAAUGGUGUACCAGGUGGUGUAUUUAUCUGUACAUCAUUUAUACUUAAUGGUGUUAAUGUUGAUGACGAUGAUAAUAUUGUUGGAAGUGAAUUUAAAUGACCAACUUCGAUUUGUGACAGUGCUUUAAAAAGACUCUACCUGCCAUACUGUAUGUACACCAAUUGGAUGAAUUUAAGGUACAUACUGUAUAGUAGAGCAUCUAUUGCCAAGAAUGUAUAGCCUUAUCUACAGGUUCCCUUUCUGAAAAUACCUUUUUAACUGUGUCAUAUCUUAACCAAAGUCCUUUGAUUAGGCCUAUAGUGCCAGAUCUCUCUGCUCAAAGGUACACCUCCUGUAUUGAUAUAGCAUUGUGAGGUAAUAUUUACAAAUGCGCUACAAUACCUGCGUUAACAUUGUUUACAGGAAUUCUUACCUUGUUCUCAUUUUUUGCUCUCUCAUGCUCUUUAGGAUACUAAAGCACUGUAACACAAAAUGACAUUUGUUUUCUGUAUGAUUGUCUUUCCCUUUAUGCCUUGGUUACUUUUUGUUAAAUAUUUGUUUUUGAAUGACUAUGCGAGGUGGGUUAUGGUUGUAUUUUUGUCUACUUCUUUGGAAUAAACAGAAUGAAAUAAGAUUUUUGAGGAUAUAUGAAGAUCUGCCAUGAUUUGUAUCUGUGAAUUAUUAAUGACUUUUUAAAUCAUGUCAUUUUAAGGACAAAUUCAGUGAUUAUGUUUAUCUGCCUUAUUUAUAGAGGAAAAUAAAUCUGUUCAUGAAAGCC